AUGCCUUACACUGCUAUCGACAUCAACGAAGAAGAACAAUUCUUCCAACAACAGGUCAAGGAGAUCAACGAAUGGUGGUCCCAACCUCGUUGGAGAAAGACGAAGAGAAUCUAUACCGCUGAAGACAUAGCCAAGAAGAGAGGUACAUUGAAGAUUGAAUAUCCAUCUUCUGACCAAGCCAAGAAGCUCUUCAAGUUGUUGGGAGAACAUGACAAGCAAAAGUCUGUUUCCUUCACUUUUGGUGCAUUGGACCCAAUCCACGUUGCUCAGAUGGCCAAAUACUUGGACUCUAUCUACGUUUCUGGAUGGCAAUGUUCUUCCACUGCUUCCACUUCUAACGAACCUUCCCCAGAUUUGGCUGACUACCCUAUGGACACUGUUCCAAACAAGGUUGAACACUUGUGGUUCGCUCAAUUGUUCCACGACAGAAAGCAGAGAGAAGAAAGAUUGGGACUUUCGAAGGCUGAAAGAGCCAAGUUGCCAUACAUUGACUUCUUGAGACCAAUUAUUGCCGAUGCCGACACUGGUCACGGUGGUAUCACUGCCAUCAUCAAAUUGACUAAGUUGUUCGUUGAAAGAGGUGCUGCUGGUAUUCACAUUGAAGAUCAGGCUCCAGGUACUAAGAAGUGUGGUCACAUGGCCGGUAAGGUCUUGGUUCCAGUCCAAGAACACAUCAACAGAUUGGUUGCCAUCAGAGCCUCGGCUGAUAUCUUGGGUUCCGACUUGUUGGCUGUUGCCAGAACUGACUCUGAAGCUGCUACCUUGAUCACUUCCACUAUUGACCACAGAGAUCACUACUUUGUUGUCGGUGCCACUAACCCCAACUCGCCAGAAUUGGCUGCUUUGAUGUCUGAGGCUGAAGCUAAGGGUAUCUACGGUGAGAAGUUGGCUGCUAUUGAAGCCGAAUGGACCAAGACAGCUGGCUUGAAGUUGUUCCACGAAGCCGUCAUUGACACCAUCAAUGCAGGCAACUACUCAAACAAGGCUGCAUUAAUCAAGAAGUUCACUGACAAGGUUAACCCAUUGUCGGGUACUUCCAACAAGGAAGCCAGAAAAUUGGCCAAGGAAUUGACCGGCAAAGACAUCUACUUCAACUGGGAAGUUUCCAGAGCCAGAGAAGGUUACUACAGAUACAGAGGUGGUACUCAAUGUGCUGUCAUGAGAGGUAGAGCCUACGCUCCAUACGCUGACUUGAUCUGGAUGGAGUCGGCCUUGCCAGACUACAACCAAGCCAAGGAAUUUGCUGACGGUGUCAAGGCCAAGUGGCCAGAACAAUGGUUGGCUUACAACUUGUCUCCAUCGUUCAACUGGAACAGAGCCAUGCCUCCUAACGAACAGGAAACCUACAUCAAGAGAUUGGGUAAGCUUGGUUACGUCUGGCAAUUCAUCACCUUGGCCGGUUUGCAUACCACUGCCUUGGCUGUUGAUGACUUCUCUGCCCAAUACGCCAAGAUUGGUAUGAGAGCCUACGGACAAGCUGUGCAACAGCCAGAAAUCGAAAAGGGUGUUGAAGUCGUCAAGCAUCAAAAAUGGUCUGGUGCCGAAUACAUUGACGGUUUGUUGAAAAUGGUCUCUGGAGGUGUCACUUCAACUGCUGCUAUGGGUGCUGGUGUCACCGAAGAUCAGUUCAAGGACAAGGCCAAGUACUAA